AUGGGUCUUUUUGACAAGUUUGCGUUUGCAAAGCGCCAUGAACGGACACCAGAAGAGCGAGCCUACGUGCGAAAGCUCGACAUCUGCCUCAUGACCUUUGGGUGCAUAUCGCAGAUCAUGAAAUAUCUGGAUCAGACCAACAUCAACAAUGCCUACGUCUCGGGGAUGAAGGAGGAUCUCCAGCUCUAUGGCGACGAGCUUAAUUAUUUUACUACAUUCUUCCUCCUGGGCAACCUCAUCAUGGUUGUUCCCUCCCAGAUCGCCCUGACGUAUAUUCCCCCAAACUGGUGGCUUCCGGGCCUCGAGAUAACCUGGGGCGUCCUGACGGGUCUGUUCGCCGUGACGAAGAACGCGCGCGACAUCUAUGCGCUGCGCUUCUUUCUCGGAAUGUGUGAGAGCAGCGCGUGGCCAGGCAUGAUGACGAUGAUGAUCUACUGGUAUACGCCAAGUGAGAUUGCGAAGCGUAUGGGCAUCUAUCAGUGUUCCCAGGCGGUUGGGUCCAUGAUGUCGGGCGCUCUAGCGAUCUCUGUCGUCAAGACCAUGGAUGGCAAAGGUGGCCUGGCGGCCUGGAGGUGGUUAUUUAUCGUGGAGUGUCUCAUGACCGUCGUCGUGGGAUGCUUUGGAUUCUUGAUGGUCCCCGGCCUGCCGCACAAGCCCAACCCCUGGGCAUUUUGGUUCAAGGAGAGUGACGCAAAGCUGGCCAUGAAGCGCCUCCACCGCCACGGCAAGCAAGAGCCCGUUAAGAUCACGCUCAAGACGAUCAAACGAUCGCUGGCCUCGCCCCUCUUCUACGCCAUCGUGCCGCUGUCCAUGGGUGCCAACAUGGCCAACUAUGGAAUGUACUACUUUGGAGUCUUCCUCAAGUCGCUCAAGAACGCCGAUGGCACCCCGAGGUGGAACGUGACCGAGGUCAAUGGCAUCCCUAUCGGCGGUAGUGGAGUGUCUAUCGUUGCUCUGUUGAUUUUCACCAACCUCUCGGAUCUUUUCCAGUCGCGCUGGACAAUCUUUAUGGCUCAGGCCAUAAUCGGCCUCUUCGCCACCAUAUACAUGACGGUGUGGACAGCUCACCCGGACACGACGCCUAUUGGUGGUGCCUACGCUAGCUACUUUAUGCUCUACAUGACAAUUGGUGUUACACUGAUUGUUACGGCUUGGUUGUCGGAUCUUCUCCCGCACGACCCCGACUCUGUUACCUUCAUCAUCGGCGCCACGGUGGCACUCAACUUUGCCAUCCUGUCUUGGGCACAGGCGUUGAUGUGGCCCGCGUCGAAAGCUCCUUACUACGUGCACGGCUGGGGAUCCUCGAUCGGCAUCUGGCUGUUCUGCAUGCUUAUGGUCGCUGCCGUCUGGUACAUCGACCGCAGGUACCUCAAAGCGAAGCGACAGGCGUUCCGCGAGACGCUCAUCAACACCGACGUCGAGGAGAGCGACAAGGUGGGCCCUGCUAGCCGUCAGGACGAGGGAGAGCCUGAGCUGGCCGACAAGGGCCCUGCUAUUCCCCAGGCAGCAGAGGCCAAGCAGACUGUUUGA